GGUACACCCUGGAUCGCAUUCAACCUCAUCCUGGUAACUUCAUCUCUUUCCUUCUACUCCCUUCUAGUCACGGCACUUGACCGUUUGCUUCUGCCGUCCCUUAUGCAUUAUGACACUCCUAACGGCGGGUGCCUUAGUGGUGGCACCCUCCCAAAGUUCGGACUGCCAGACUUGGAUUGACGACACGCUUUCGGAGUAUUUUCCGGUUGACCAUCCCACAACUUUGAGCUACUACUCCGGCCGUCUCGUCUCUGUGGCUGCGAUAGUGGCAGUCCCAUUGUCGCCGUCCAAGUCCAACAAGUCAUUAUUGUCCCCUUUAUCCGUACAGCCCUGCCUGCCAUCUGUCUACUCUGCGGCUUGCCUUGUCUUCUAUUGACUGCGCCGGAUCAAUCUUACCUAUUCAGUUGGCAGUCCCUAGGUAACCUUCGACUCCAAUCCCCAUCACAUCACCCCAGUCGCUGGCUGUAUCCGUACUUGCACCUAACUCACCUUGCCUACCCUGUUCAGGCGCGCCCCGAUCAAGCCCGCAUGUUCCCGGUCAUCCCCCUUCCCCGAAUCCCAACCCAGGCGUCCGUCCCUUCCAGACUCUUUUUGCUGCAGGCCUUUCCCCUUCCUGUUCAUGGCCCGGGCCCGUCAAACCCUCGCUCUAUCUCGAUCCCCAAUCCCGCCUCGCUCGUCAACCACCUGCACCCCGGUAGCAAGCACGGCAAGGUUAGCAGCUAGCAAAGCACACAGCGCCCGUCUGGUCUGGCAAUCUCCCUGUCGG